AAUGCUCAUACAGAUGAUGUCUACACCAAAUGGAUCUGCACAUUGCUUUCAGUCGUGAAGAAAGACACUUCGAUAAUGGGUUUAACGAUGGUCGUUGUACUCCAAGGGAUGUAUCUGGCCUCCCUGCCACCCGGUGUCCCUGUCUCGUCAAGGGUAGACUGUGUGUCAAGAUGUUAUCAUCAAGGGAACUGUUCCUCUGUCUUCUAUGAUGGUAGCACCAAGAAGUGCCAGCUGUCUGCCGAGGUGUUCCUAGAACGUGACUUGACGAGCACACACACCAACAUGCAGUAUCUUGAAUGGAAAGAAGAUGACUGCGACAAGGGCUACACGUGGUACCGAAGCCUAGGUCUCUGCUACAAGAUCUACACCUCAACAAAAUCCUGGUUCCAAGCCAACCAUACAUGCAAUCAAGACGGCGGAUAUCUCAUCAAAGUGGACAGUCUUGGCAUCAAUGCAUUUAUGAACAAGAUUUCCGAUUCUUAUUCUGCUUUCGUAUGGGUAAAUGGUUUGGAAGACAGUGUUACUGGAAAGUGGACAUGGUCAGAUGGAACUCUCAUCAACACAACCUACUGGGACGUGACUCAACCAGAUUCAGGCCCUGUUCAACAGUGUAUUCUGGUACGUGCGGGUGCGGAUAACGUAAAUGGAUGGCACGAUUACUUCUGUCACUAUGAUAACGCUGUUCCCAUGUUCGUGUGUCAGGUUAAUCUGAAGGAGGUGAUUCAGAUUGGUAUGUGCUGAAACACACAUACUCUAUCAAGGAUGUAUCUCUACUUCAUGUUUACGUUCAUGUUUGUGUGCCACCUUCCUCUGAAGGAGCAGUCUUAUUGUUUCAUUUUAAUUAUUGUGAGCAAACUGUGCGCGAGUGAUGUUGUUACCCGUGAAGGUCCGGGUUAGAAUAUGGAUAUUCAGUAACCCAUGCUUGUCGUAAGAGACGA